AUGGGCGGAUGUGGAACAUCAAUUGAUGGUUGGGAAUUUGAUAAAACUGAAGCUCGAACACUAGUUUUAAUUGGAUGCGCUGGAGAUGGUAAGAGUUCGACAGGAAAUAGCAUUGUUGGAAGAAAUGUAUUCAGGUCGAUGCCUCAUUCUGCUGGUGUAACAUCUACUUGUGAGCAUCAAAGAACUAAUCUGCCAAAUGACCAAAUACUACAUGUGAUUGACACGCCUGGACUGUUUGAUUUUUCAGCUGCUCCAGAAGUUGUUAGGAAUGAAUUUCUUAGAUGUGUUGAUUUGGCUGAAGAUGGCAUCCAUGCUGUUCUUUUAGUUCUUUCUGUAAGAAAUCGCUUUUCAAAAGAACAACAAGCAGCUGUCCAGAGUUUUCAAGAGUUCUUCGGUGGAAAAAUCAGUGACUAUAUGAUUGUGGUAUUCACUGGUGGAGAUGAUCUUGAAGAUCAUGAUGUGACUUUGGAUGAUUACUUAGGUUCCGACUGCCCUGAGCCGUUGAAGGAAACUCUUGCUAUGUGUGAAAAUAGGGUUGUGCUUUUUGACAACAAGACUCAAAACCAAAUUAAGAGAGCUGAGCAAUUAAGAGAGCUUCUUUUCGAAGUUAACUUGGUUGUGGAAGAGAAUGAUGGAAAGCCUUAUACCAACAAUUUGUUCAAGAAAUUUAAGGAAGGAACGAUGAAUUUUCAUGAUCAGAAGGCAAAUGUUGAGCAAGACAUAAAAGAAUUGAAGGACCAAAUGCAGAGAUCUCAUGAGGAGCAAUUUAGUCGUAUAACUGAAAUGGUAGAAUCGAAGCUCGAGGAGAAAAUGCAGAGGCUAGAAAAGCAACUAAAGAUGGAUCGUGCUGCUCGGGUUGCUGCUGAACAAAAGGCUAAAAAAGAUCAGAAGAAAUCAAAGAAUGAGAAUCGUAAGCUGAAUGAUCUCCUUGAGAGUUCGAUGGUUCUUGAUAAAGCAUUUUCGUUUCUUUUGUGUUUAUGUGUGUUUGUGUUAAUUUAUUGGUUUUUGAAAUAG